AUGGCUGAUGAGAUAAACGCCGCGGCAAGGAACAGCGCUGCAGUGGCCGGUGACGAAGUCAAGCCGUACAAAAUCCAUGUCUCAACCAAGUAUCUCGAGCUCACGAGACAGAAGCUCGAGCUCACCAGACUGCCUCAUGAGGCGUCAGAGCCCAAGUCGGAGGACUGGUGGGAGCCCAAACCCCAGGUCGAGCCUCUGAUUGAUUUCUGGUUGGAGAAGUAUUCGUGGCGGGAGCAGGAGGAAGUGCUCAAUCGGAUACCGCAGUUUCGUACAGCCAUCUCUAUCCCCGGAUCCGAGACACCCUUGAGGAUCCAUUUCGUCCAUUUCCGUUCACCACACAAGACCGCGGUUCCCCUUCUUCUGAUACCCUCCUUUCCCUUGACAAACUUGUCCUUUGGGCACCUUGUCAAACCCUUCACGGAUCCCGAAGACGUUGCCACGACCCAGCCUUUCCAUCUCGUGAUUCCGUCACUCCCGGGACUCGGGUUCUCCGAUGCAUUCCCCAACAAUGUGCCAGUCAUCUCUGCGACCGCCGAGAUGCUCAACACCGUGAUGACUCGCCUCUCUUAUCCUCACUAUCUGGCCACAAACGCCAGCGCCGCGUCAGCUUCGCCAGCCGAGAUCGACUGGCGACUGAUCAACUACCUUGCGACUCGCUAUUCUUCUUCUUGCGUGGGUGCUCAUUUCGUGUCGCCGCCCCUCGCAUCGCCCAGGAUGCAGGAGGACCCGUGGGAGUGGACGAAAUGGUCGCUCGCCAGCCUCUUGCACACGGGCAUACUGGGUUAUUCCGACGACGACUUCACGGCUCUCGACCGGCUAGCCUCGACGCCUGGCGCAUCGCCCUCAGGCAGCAUGCGCAGGUCGAAGGCAACGUCGCCCGCCGCCUUUGGGCUCAACCAGUUCGGUCUGCGUGAGCCCAACACCCUCGCAUAUGCGCUCUGCGACUCACCAACUGGGCUGUUGCUUUACGUGAUGAAAGGUCUAAGGCUGCUGAGCCUGGAGGCUCAAUUUACGCCAGAGCAAAUUAUCAAUACCACGCAAUUAGCGUGGCUCCCUGGGCCAGAGUAUGCCAUGCGGUUCUGGGCCUCCUGCGCGGAGCACCGUUGGGAUGACGAGCAGGGCGCGAAGUCGAGGAAGAUGGGUAGACCAAAGGUGGCGAUCACCGUAUUCCUUGGAGAGAGCGCGUCAGCUGCUUCUCCCGACGCUGGUGCAGAGGACGCUCCUUCGACAGUGGCAUCACACGUACCGAUUCCCGGUGUGGCGAAGGAGCACUAUGUCUGUCCGGCUUGGGCAAAUGCAAGAUACAAUGUGGCAUUCACCCAGCGGGUUCCUGGCCGAGCCGGCCUUCUUGCGUGGGAAAGGCCCGAGGUCUUGACUGCCGGUGUUAGGGGCCUUGCCCGUCAGGUCCUGAAACUAGACAGCAGGCUGCGCGCUGUCCCUGAACCGGCCACGGCACCGUUGGAGCAGGUGGUUGUCUCGGAUCCCCAGGGCCGCGAAGUCGAGCCGGUAGCAGCAGACGUGUCAGGCGAGGCAACGGAGGGUAACAGAAACGGUGAGCCUGCGGCCGCGACAGCUCCUCCAGCGGAAGCAGAACCAGCACCGCAGAGCAACAACCAACACUUGGAGGAACCCCAGAUAGGCGAACGAGCUAUCUCGGACGAAACCAUUGCGGUACGGGUGGGGGAAGAGCAGGCUGGCAAGGACAAAGAUCUACUGAAGCCAGAAGCGGCCGCACUUGGGGCGGAAGGGAGUUCAAGCAGUUUGCUGGCGGAGAGAAAGGCAAAGACAGGCCAGGGCCCAUCGGACGAGACGAUCGUUGCCGAGACGCCAUCGCCACCGGCCAGUAAAUGA